AUGAAGAACAAGUGUGAGCUUUGCACUUCCAGAGCCAAUACAUAUUGUGAAUCCGACCAAGCCAAUUUGUGUUGGAGUUGCGACGCCAAUGUUCAUUCAGCCAACUUCAUCGUCGAGAAGCACUCCCGCACGUUGCUAUGCCAUAUUUGCCAAUCCCCCACGCCUUGGACUGCCACUGGCCGCAAGCUUUCCCCUACCAUCUCCGUUUGUCAAUCUUGUCUUAAUGCCCAAAAUAACGUCGCCGACAACCAUCAAGAUUCCAGCGAUGGAUAUCGUCGUGACAACGACAACGACGACGACGAGAAUCAAGUGGUUCCAUUGUCGCCGCCACCGGUUUCGAGCUCGUCAAAAUGA